AUGCAGGUGCCGGUUAAAGCAGUGUUAAAGCAGCACGUCACACUCACAGCCGAGAACCGGCACAGUCAGAUGAUUCGCGUUGUUUCCAGGGUGAAAGUCUGUCAAUGCUGUAGCAACUUUCAGGCAAUGGUGUUGGCAGUGUCCGUGGCUUUGCUAAGCGGGCAGUGCGUGUCCGUUGAAGUCACAGACGAGGCGUCCAUAAACGAAGUACGGCAAGUUGCACAGGCGAAGAUGGGGCGCACCUUGAUUGCCUUGCUUUCACCUUUUGGGGUACAACUGGAUCCCAUCAGCACUGUUGCCCAAAGCGGCUUGCAAGACGGAACUGUCCUGGGUGCCAUCGCAAAGGCUGGUCCCAAGCUACAGCAUGUAUUUGCCUCGAUGCAAGCCUUUGCAGCCUUGAGGAGCGACAGAAGGGUUGUCACCUGGGGUAAGGCAUCCCAUGGCGGAGAUAGCCGACACCUGGCGCAAAAGCUUGUGGAUGUCCGAGAAAUAUAUUCCACAGAGGCCGCAUUUGCGGCGGUUUUGGGUGACCGGACCGUGGUGACUUGGGGCCAUCAGGAGCAAGGUGGCGACUGCAGAGAAAUCGCAGAUGAGCUCGUCCAAGUUCGUGACAUUGCAGCCUCUGGAAAGGCAUUUGCAGCCGUGCGUUACGAUGGCACGGUCGUGAGCUGGGGACAUCCUGAGUAUGGAGGUGAUAGCUCAGCAGUGAAGGACCGAU